CCAAAAUCCAGCCUCAGCCGCAAGCUCAGCUGGCUCGGUCUUCAGCAGCCAUCUGCCCAACAACCCGCCCCAGCAGUCCGUCCAAGUCCCCCGCUGCCCGAGCCCGCAAGCGUCCUCUCCAAGCAUGCCCGACCCCGAGAGCCAGCGGCUGUUCAACCCGGCCAGAACCUCCACCGAGUCGGCCGAUGACCUCGAAGACGAAGAAUCGGUCGUCUGCUGCUCCAGCGUCCUGACCUACCGAAAGCGGGACCAGCGCACGCUGUGUGCCUACUUUGCGGGCGUCCUGGUGCUCAUCAUCUUUGCUUUCUCGAUUGCUCGUGUGCUCUAUCCCAUGACAGAGAAGCCUCUCCGGCGCAAUGUCAUCAUGAUGGUGUCCGAUGGCUUCGGACCAGCUUCCGAAACCUUUGCCCGCAACUACCACACCUACAUCAACGACCUGCCAUACGACUCCCAGCUUCCCCUCGAUACCAUUCUCGUCGGCAGCUCGCGCACCCGCAGCUCCAGCAGCUUGGUGACCGACUCGGCCGCCGGUGCCACGGCCUUUUCUUGCGGCCUGAAGAGCUACAACGGAGCCAUCGGUGUGGAUCCUUCCGGAAAGCCCUGCGGAACUGUUCUCGAGGCUGCAAAGCUCGCCGGAUACACCACCGGCUUGGUCGUGACCUCCCGCAUCACCCACGCCACCCCGGCCUCGUUUGCCUCUCACGCCAUCCACCGCGAUCAGGAGAACGAAAUCGCCCUGCAGGAGAUUGGCAACUACACCCUCGGUCGCAUGACCGACCUGAUGUUUGGCGGAGGGCAGUGCCAUUUCUUGCCCAACACCGACGCCAACAGCUGCCGCCAGGACAGCAUCGACGUUUUUGAACGAGCAAAGGACUUUGGCUGGCACGUUGGAACGACCCGCCAGGACUUUGACAACCUCAACGCCUCAAAUGCCAAGUUGCCCCUGAUGCUGCUGUUCACCCGCGACCACAUGUCCUACGAAAUUGAUCGCGAUCCCGCCAAGGAACCCUCGAUCAAAGAGUCCGUUCUCAAAGCCCUCAGCAUCCUGACCUCAUCCACUGAGAACUCGGACAAGGGAUUCUUCCUGUUGAUCGAGGGAAGCAGGAUCGACAUGGCUGCUCACAGCAACGACGCUGCCACCCAUGUCCACGAAAUUUUGGCUUACAACGAAAUGGUCCAGGAGGUCAUUGGCUACGUCAACGCUCACCCCGGCACCGUGAUGAUAUCGGUUUCGGACCACGAGACCGGUGGCUUCUCCGUCGCGAAGCAGGUCGACAGUGCCAGCUACCCCGAGUAUCUGUGGAAGCCCGAGGCUCUUGUCAACGUCACCCGCUCCAGCGAGAAGAUCAGCGCCGACCUGGCUGCCUACAACGGCCAAAACCGCACCGAGUUUGUCAAGACGGUCGUGCUUGAGCAAUGGCUGGGUGUCCAUGAUUACACGGAGCAGGAGGUCCAGAAGCUCGCCCAGCCCGGGCUCCUGCCCUCGCAAAUCGAAAACAUCCUCAGCCCCAUCAUCAGCGACCGCGCUCAGUUGGGCUGGGCCACUCACGGCCACUCGGCCGUUGAUGUCAACUUGUACGCCCACGGUGCCAACUCGGAUGCCCUCCGCGGCAACCACGAGAAUAUUGAAAUCGGCCACUUUAUCACCAACUUCCUUUCACUGGAUCUGGCGAGUGUGACCAAGACCCUUUCGAGCAUGGUACUCCCUCCCUUCAACCGCACCAACAUGGCCACCACCGCUGUGCCCUUUGAGCCUAUCCACCACCAUCAUCAGUCGCUCAUCAAGCAGCACUGAGUCACCCCUGUCAUAUCGCGUGACAUGUCGCUCGGUAGGCCGUGGCUUGACCACGGCAUUGCUGAUCCGCUUCGCACCAUCAAAAACCGAUAUCUGUGAGCUUGCCGCCCUUUGCUGCGGCAUCUUUUGCGCAAUCGCCCGUUUUCCAGGUGACCACCGAGAGUCGCGGCCUGUGGUUGGUUCGUUCGAUGGCAGAGUUGAUUCAAUAUCAGUGAUCUGCAUGGAACCAA